AAUAGAGUGACUGAGCAGGAAUCAGUCUAGGAACAUUCAGCUGGAGUUGCCUGUGCUGCUCUAUAUGCUCACAACAGAUCCUUGUCUGGGGCCAGAGGGCAGGAGGCCAUGCGCAAACACACAGACAGAGAGAUAAUGGUGCCCAGCUACUCUUAGAAACUAAAGAGAGAUUCGCUGUCCAUGUUUUUAUUGCUUGGCAGUCUUUGUUGAAAGAGAGCACUAGGACUUUUGUUGGCUCCUCAAUAGCUUCCAGGUUCUUGGAUCACCUCAUCCUUAUUGUCAAACAUGGGGUGCUCCUCAUCCAGUGCACAGACUGUGGAUCAAGAGAAAAGACCAGGUACAAAGCCAGAGGAGAGCAAUGGAGACACAGCAGGAGUCAGAAAUGGUAUCAUCGCAGAAGAUGCACAAACCAUCGAGGACCAGAUGCAGCUGCCUGUGCAGACUGCUUUACCAGAUGAUCUUCAACCAGGAACUGAUGAUGAGGCAGAGGCUGUGUUAGUGGCCCUGGAGGCCCAGGAGGAUCUUGGCUCUGGAGAGGACCUUCUGGCUGCUAUGGAUCCACAGCCAGAACCUGCUGCUCCUGAAGAGCCAGCUCUAGAGGCUCCAGCUUCUGCUCCAGCAGAAAUCUCCCCUAAAGCUGAGGCUGCUGUUGUGGCCUUGGAGGCAUUAACCCCAGGGGAGGAAGCUGCUCCUGUAGAAACUGUAGUGACUGAGGCCACACCUGAGGUCAAAGAGGAGUCUCCCAAUGUUGAUUCUGUUGUAUUGGAGCAGGCAGAGGCCCCUGCAUUUGUUGAGGAGGUUUCUGUUGUGCCGGCUGAGGCCUCCCCUGAACCCUCUACCCCUGCUAUUGAACCUGUAUCUGAGCCAGCAGAGGCCCUAGUAGUGGUGGAGGAGGCAGCACCUGAGGUCGCUGAGGCUCCUGCAGAAGUGUUUUCUCCUGUGGAGGCAGAGGCUCCACCUGACCAUGCAGGAGCAGUGUCUCCUGUAGCAACACCAACUGAAUCCUCAGGCGAAAGUUCAGCACCAGCACCAACUGAGGCUGCAGCACCAGGCGAAGCUGUAGAACCAGCUGAGGCUGCAGCACCAGCACCAAAUGAGGCUGCAGCACCAGCACCAACUGAGGCUGCAGCACCAGGCGAAGCUGUAGAACCAGCUGAGGCUGCAGCACCAGCACCAAAUGAGGCUGCAGCACCAGCACCAACUGAGGCUGCAGCACCAGGCAAAGCUGUAGAACCAGCUGAGGCUGCAGCACCAGAACCAAAUGAGGCUGCAGCACCAACUGAGGCUGCAGCACCAGCACCAACUGAGGCUGCAGCACCAGCACCAACUGAGGCUCCAGUACCAGCCCCAACUGAGGCUCCAGUACCAGCACCAACUGAGGCUGCAGCACCAGCACCAGCUGAGCCAACUGAGGCUGCAGCACCAGCACCAACUGAGGCCCCAGUACCAGCACCAACUGAGGCUGCAGCACCAGCACCAACUGAGGCCCCAGUACCAGCACCAACUGAGGCCCCAGUACCAGCACCAACUGAGGCUGCAUCACCAGCACCAACUGAGGCUGCAGCCCCAGGCGAAGCUGUAGAACCAACUGAGGCUUCAGCACCAAGUGGAUCUUCAGCUCCUGUAGAGGCUGCAGAGCCUGUAAUAGACACUGAGAUUGCUGCAGCCACUAUUCCAGAGAUGCCUCCAUUAUCUCCUGUCACAGAUAAAGCCAGCACUGGGACUCAGCCAGCUGCUACUGCCCCACCAGCCGUUUCAAAGCUGCCCGCAGAAGUAGCCCCUGAAGCUUUACCAGCAACUGUGACCUCUGAGUGCAAGGUGGACAACGCAGCUGUAGCCCCUGUGGCUGACCCAGCCCCUGAAACAGCAUUAUCAGUGGUGUCUGAAACAGGAGCUACAGAGAGCAAGAGCACCAAAGAAGGUUGAGUUGGUGGAUGAAAUCAACCAAAUAAUGAAAACUCCCUAUAACCUACAAAUUAAAUGUGAACUGGAAGGAAAGAAAGAAAAAGCGACCAAACAAACACUACAUUUACAGGAUUGUCUCAUUAGCUCUCACCAAACCAAACUACACCAGAUACAGUAAUAUGAAAUGUGCCUUAAUAACUUGUCUUAUAGGAAAAGAUCAGGAUUUUUCCUACCUUUUGUAAAUAAUAAACCUUCAUGGUGAGUUUUCUAACUGAGACCGGAAGUGCCAAGUGUGGGCUUAUGUAUGCAAAUAAUCACAGGUAAAAUGACAGGACGGUGCAAUACAGUGUAGCUAAAGCAAACUCUGCUUUAGCUACAGAGGCUGUCGAGAAUGAUUAUUAGAUCAUUUAAAGUAACUGCUUUUGAGGAAUAAAAGCCAAACACAACUGUGAAUGAAAUUGUGCAAAGAGAUUGAGGUAACACCAAAGUGUCAUGAUUUUAAAAUUACCGCAUUUUCACAGAUUGAAUUUGUACUGUUUUUGAAAUGUAUGAUCUGCCCCUUGUACUCAAUUUUAAUUUCCGCCUUUCUAAUGAUAAUCAUUUGAUUAAUAGAAAUGUCAGUGCUAAGUGUUGAGUGUACAGAGUAAUAAAGCGAUAAUUUUUUAGUUUACAUUGAGAAAGCUUGAAUAAAUGCGUUUUGUAAGGGAAUACAAAUACACACAUGCAAAUUGUUGAGUAUGUAGAUAAUCCAGGUAUUAAUAUAACAUCUUGCCAUGUGUGCAGCUGCACUAUACCUGGCAGACGUUCAUACAAUUAUCUCCCAGAAAAAUAAGGGCAUUUCCAAAAUUUAAAAAUGUCUCGAGGCCUGGCAACUCUGGUGUACUGUUUUUGCUCUGAUUUAUUUUUUUCUCUAGGUGAAUGUGUACCACAGUAGGAAAUCAUUUAGUGGACAUUGUAUCCAAACCCUGCACACUGUGUAGAUCAAGGUCUUCGGAAAUUAUUUGAAUUGCAUAAGAUGUGAAGAACUCUAUUGUAACAAAAAUGUCUGUUAAGAUGUUGUAUAUCUUCAUCUGUGUCUUCCUCUGUUAUGUAUUCCUUCUCUGAGCUGUCUGUGAUUCUGCUAACCCCUUAGUGUACAGAAUAAAGUUUUACUUACUAAUA